AUGGAAGACCCUUCCAACAACAGCUACUAUGACUACAACUACGAUGACCUCGCGGCCCUCCCAGUGGACUGCCCUUCCGGCUCCUGCCUGUCCCCCGACCCCCUGCGCACCGCCCCACUGCUGCUCUACGCUGCUGUCUUCCUCGUGGGCGUGCCGGGCAAUGCCUUGGUGGCCUGGGUGAUGGGCAGGGAGGCCCGGCGGCGUGUCGGGGCCACGUGGUUCUUGCACUUGGCUGGGGCUGACCUUCUCUGCUGCCUGGCGCUCCCCAUUCUGGCGGUGCCCAUCGCCUGGCAAGGCCACUGGCCAUACGGGGCUGUGGGCUGUCGGCUCCUGCCCUCGGUCAUCCUGCUGUCCAUGUACGCCAGCGUCCUCCUCCUGGCCGCCCUCAGUGCUGACCUCUGCCUGCUGGCCCUCCGGCCCGGCUGGGGGACAGCAGCUUGGCGGGCACGUGGGGUGUGGGCAGUUUGUGCAGCCACCUGGGCCCUGGCCUUGCUGUUGACCGGGCCCUCCUUUGCCUACCGCCGGCUGUACCAGGAGCACUUCCCACCACGCCUGGAGUGUGUGGUGGACUACGGCGGCUCGUCCCUAGCUGAGGGCGCCGUGUCCGCUGUCCGGUUCAUUGCUGGCUUCUUGGUGCCUCUGCUGGUCGUGGCCAGCUGCCAUGGUGUCCUCCUGGACCAUGUGUCCCGAUGCCGCUGGCCACUGGGCACAGCCAUCGUGGUGGGCUUUUUUGUCUGCUGGGCCCCCUACCACAUACUGGGCUUGGUUAUUGCUGCUGCCGCUCCCAACUCCAUCCUCCUGGCCAAGGCCCUGCGAGGCGAGCCUCUGGUCAUCGGCCUUGCCCUGGCCCACAGCUGCCUCAACCCUAUGCUUUUCUUGUAUUUUGGGCGGAAGAAACUCUGCCAGUCACUGCCAGCAGCAUGUCGCUGGGCCUUGAGGGAGGAUGGGAAUAGAGAGGAAAGUGUGGUCAGCAAGAAGUCCACCAGCUUUGACCAGGUCUUAGAGAUGGAAGUGUAG